AUGUUUGCCCGCGAGCGGCGCGCUGCCGUUGCUCCCGGUCGCCCCGCCGCGUCGCCGCGCAUCACGCCGCUCGCCGACGCGCGCGCUUUACGCUGCGCCCGCACCUCUUUGCAGCCCAAGCAGGACUUCGCGGUGCUCACCAUCAAGGCCGGCAGCGACGGCAGCAAUGGCAGCAACGACCUAGAGCGACGCCCGUCUGCUCAUAGCGGGGGCGACGGCUGCGGCGGGGCCCCAGCAGUGACGCCCCGGCGGGCGCGCACCCACGGCGACCAUGACGAUCACACG